AUGUCAGGUCGAGGUAAAUCAAAUUCAAGCGUAUUAGUUGGUAGUGGAAAAGGACGAGGUAAAGGAAAAUCACGAUCAGGUCGUGCUGGUCUUCAAUUUCCAGUUUCACGUGUUCAUCGUCAUUUACGUAAAGGUAACUAUAGUGAACGUGUUGCUGGAGGUUCACCAGUUUAUUUAGCUGCAGUACUUGAAUAUUUAAGUGCUGAAAUUCUUGAAUUAGCUGGAAAUGCAGCUCGGGAUAAUAAAAAAUCACGUAUUAUUCCACGUCAUCUUCAAUUAGCUGUACGUAAUGAUGAAGAACUUAAUCGUCUUUUAAGCAGUGUAACAAUUGCUCAAGGUGGUGUUUUACCAAAUAUUAAUUCUUUAUUAUUACCAAAAAAAUCAGGUGUUACUGAUUCAAUGCCAGUAUCAUCUGCUGGUUCAGUUAAAAAAAUCAAGAAAGCUAUUGCUAAUGCAACACCAGCUCAAUAA